CUGAUAGUUUGACUUGACUGAUGAUUGAAGUAAGUUAAUUGUUGAUGAAGAAAAUGAUCCAAUUUUGUUUCCAAUUUAAAUACAAUGUAUUUCAAUUUGCAGAGAUCAAAUUAAUCAGCGGAUAAAUUGUUCUUUUUUACCUGUGUCUCUAUUGUUAAAAUUUAAUUUCUUCUCCCCACCAAUAAUCCCAAUUAUGCAUUUUUCCAUACCCGAGACUCAAGAAUUGAAAGAUUCCAAACAAGGACAAACAUUUAUUGCUUACAGUAUUCACGCAAAUGGAUCUUUCCACUGCCUUCUCCGAUAUAAACAGUUGUUCAAUUUCCACGAUCAAUUGAAAAAACAAUUCGGAUCUAACAGUUUACCUUAUUUUCCACCUAAACGUUUACUUCCUCUCAACCAAACUCAAAUAGAAGAGAGAAGAAUUCAACUGGAAAAAUAUCUACAGAUCAUUAGCCAAGAUGAUCGAAUCAGUAAAAGUGAUUAUUUCAACAGUUUUCUUCUUCAUGCUCAACGAGAGACACAAAACAUAGCCCCGGAAGAGAUCACCUUGGAUAUUUAUCUAAUGAAUUGGGAAAGUAUCCAAGUGAAAACAUUGAAAACCGAUAAAAGUUCAAUUCUUCUGGAAACAGCCUGUCGAUCAAUUAAACUUGCACCCGAAAUGGUCAAUUAUUUUUCCUUAUUCAUUGUUCGCCAAGAAGAGGCCAAUUUUAUUAUUUUACGUCGAUUAUUGGACUUUGAAUCUCCUUAUCUUACAUUGAAAAGUUUUAAUGUAAACUGUAAUCAUCAUCGAAUUGUUAUUCGUAAAAACUAUUGGGACACCUCGUUUGAUGAUAUUCUCAUGGAAGAUAAAGUUUCCUUCAAUCUUUUAUAUUCUCAAACAAUCAUUGAUAUAGAAAGAGGUUGGAUCAAAGUAAACAAAGAGGUAGAAAAACAACUAUCCAAUUUAAAAUCUAAAGGUUCCAAAAGAGAGCUUAUCGAGCUUGCUAGAACACUUAAAUUUUAUGGUUACAUACAAUUUGAACCAUGUAUAUGUGAUUAUCCAGCUCCAAACACCAGUGUAAUAGUUAACGCUGGAAGUAAAGAGUUAGUCAUUAAUACAAUUUGCUCUUCGAAUAAACCAAUUGAAUAUGUUUUUCGAGUUACUCGGAUUCGUUGUUGGAGAUUAACAACUUGCAUUAAUGAUGAAAUGAAAAUAGAGUUAAACUCAACAAAUUCCAAACAAUUAAUGCGAUUUGAACUCUCCUUUGAAUAUCUAUUCAAUAAAGAUUGUCUAAAAUGGAUAACAUUGAAAAGUGAUCAACAAUCAAUACUAAUGAGUAUGUGUCUUCGAGCUAUGGUUGAGGAACUAUUGAUGAAACGAAAAGGUAUCAAUGGAAAAGACAAUGGAAUCAUUUCCGCAAAUUUCUCCAGGUCAACAAUUAACAAAGAUUCUUACCAAUACUUAAAAAGAGAUGGUACAAGUCAAUCAAUUAAUCUUGCCAAAUCUAUUUCAACUGAUAACUUUACAAAUGGAUCAAGUAAUCAACGUAUGCGAAGGUCUCAAUCUCUCAAUGGAGUUAUCAGAGUUAGACCAUUAGUGGCAAAUGAUGCUUUCGAUGGUAUUGGUGAUGAUGAUCUAUAAGGAAACAUUUUUAUUAAGAUUAAUUAUCAUGGAGAAUCAGCUAAUUGCCAACAAUAAAUCAACACAAACGCGGUCAUACAGAGUAAAAUUGAUUAAAUCAACAACGAAAUCAUCUUAAGAUAAACUUUACUCAAUUUAAUCAAUCAAAUACUUAGUUAAUAAUUUAACCACAAAUUGUCAAUGACACUCACACACAUAACAUUCAAUUGCAUUUCAAAUCAAAUAACUAAUCAAUGAAACUGAAGUGCAUUUUUUUUUCAGCAAUUAAACUCAUGUUGUCCAAGAGUUUAGAUCAACUUUAUUCUGAAUAAUUAAUCAAUUAAUCAAUGUAAACGAAUCUAUCACCUCUUUUCUUUAACAAUCUCAUUCUUAAUUAUCUCCAUCCAAUCAACCUUUUAACUCCCAAUCAUCUUGAUAAUUUUGUAAAAUUGUACAUCAUUUAAAAAGAAAACACUUUUGUGCUUUAAUAUAUUGACGAAAAUUCAAUUCCAAUCAAUUAAAACAAUUUAGUUGAUUGAUUAUUGAGAAAAAAAAGUUUUAAUAUGAAAAA